CUUCCAGUGAUCCACUCAAUGUCUCCACAUCGAAGCAAGCGUAUCGUACUUGUUAUCCCCUGUAAGACUCGAGUGAUUUAAAAGUGGCCAAUAUUUACGGGUUGUUUUUUUUGCAGCGGGACCAAGUAGUCCACAUCUCAAACAUACAAAAUAUCGCCAUUUUCGGUCGUUUCAAACAAAGCAUUUUCAAAGAUUUUUAUUGUGAUAUGAUCACUUCUCAACAUUCUAUAGCGAAUGGAAAAAAAUAAGUGGUGUCUAAAACGCAGGAAAUGAGCAGGAUUUGAAGUGUAAAAUGGGAGAGAGGUACUAGCUGGUUGCAGGCACGGGGCAGGUGUUGGGAUGUGAAUAGCGAGAGGAAAGGACGCCUUUCUCCUCCUCCUCUUCUGCCGCCAUGUGAUGACGGACGGGCUGACUGUAUCACCGGAGCGAUGGUUUUAAGUCACUUUCACCAGCAACAAAGCGGCAACAGCAGCACUGACGUAAACCCGCCACCACAGCACCGAGGCAAUACGACGCCGGGAACAGGGGCACUUGGACCGAAACAAUAAAGGAAAUCUUCGAAAACAAAUACACAGGAUGGGAAUCGGCCGCCGGGAAACCCCGAGUCUGUCGACGAGCAACAUCACCGUUUUGCUGUAAUUUCUAGCAAUCCAUGGCUGCACUUCAAAGGUUUAAAAUGCAUUCAGAAUGGAGAGUUGUGUCAAGAGUUGCUGCAGGGUGCCGCAUUGCCUGGCCGCUUGAUGGUAGGAUAGUGUAAUGCUUUAAUGGUGAUGGUAAUGUUUAGGUCUUUUUGGGUGGGGAUGGUUGAAUGAACGGCUUGUACAUUUGUGUUACCAACGUCGCCAGGUUAAAUGUAUACAUCUUCACGCGAUACAGUAAGUCUAUCGGCUGAAGCCAUAUGCAUUUGAAUUGCUCAAUACGACAGUUUGAAUGUACGCGAAUACAUUGUAGAGAAAAUAGAUAACCAGAACUUGUAUACAGGUAAACUCACAACUGCGCUGACUGGAAACUAGAUUGCUAUCGUUAAUCAUGCUCAGGACGAUCUCGAAAGUCGGUUUUUAAUCUGGAAGCACCACACAGAGGGUUGUCAAUACGUGACGCAUUUAAUAUUGUUGUCUUCUUUUUUGGCGAUUUUCCCAAAUCUGCUGUGCCACUUUCUUACUGUUUCGUUCUACGCGUUCGCGUUUGUACAAGGACAAUGACUCAUUUGCAAGCAGGCCUUUCUCCGGAGACGCUGGAGAAAGCCAAGGUGGAGUUAAAAGAGAACCCCGACACUUUACAUCAGGACAUACAGGAGGUGAGGGACAUGAUCAUCACCCGACCAGACAUUGGCUUUCUCAGGACAGACGAUGCUUUCAUCCUAAGGUUCCUCCGAGCGCGGAAAUUUAACCAUUUCGAGGCGUUCCGCCUCCUGGCCCAGUAUUUCGAGUAUCGCCAGCAGAACCUUGAUAUGUUCAAAAACUUGAAAGCAACCGAUCCAGGGAUCAAGCAAGCUCUCAAGGAUGGGUUUCCAGGGGUGCUUUCCAACUUGGACCGAUAUGGCAGGAAAAUUCUGGUCUUGUUCGCAGCCAACUGGGAUCAGAGCAGGUACACGUUUGUGGAUAUUUUGCGGGCGAUUCUGUUGUCACUUGAGGCCAUGAUUGAGGACCCAGAGCUACAGGUGAAUGGAUUUGUGUUGAUCAUCGACUGGAGUAACUUCACGUUCAAGCAGGCCUCCAAACUCACACCAAGCAUGCUGCGACUGGCCAUAGAGGGACUACAGGAUAGCUUCCCGGCCAGGUUUGGAGGGAUCCACUUUGUCAACCAGCCGUGGUACAUUCAUGCGCUGUACACCGUCAUACGACCUUUCCUGAAGGACAAAACAAGGAAAAGGAUCUUCAUGCAUGGAAACAACCUGAACAGCCUGCACCAGCUCAUUCUGCCCGAGAUCCUGCCCUCGGAGCUGGGCGGCAUGCUGCCCCCCUACGACAUGGGCACCUGGGCCCGCACACUGCUGGAUCAUGCCUACGACGAGGACUCCGACUACUGCCCCGAGUCGUACACACUCUCCGUCAAGGACCUGGAGAAAGACCUGUCCCCCAAAACCAUGAAGAGGUCUCAAUCGGUGGUGGAGCCUGGGGUGCUUAAGAGGCCGGAGAAAGUGAAGAGCGAGGAGGAGAACAUGCAGCCGCUGCUCUCCCUGGACUAACAGCCCACCCACCCCACCCCAGACCCUGCCGGCCAGAGGGAGACAUCAACCACCACCCCCUCCAACCAUCCGACCUCCCCUCCUUCCCAAAAAACAACAGGAGAGGGAGAGAAUUCCUUGUUCUCAAAAUUGAACACCAUGCGAGUUAUAUAAAUAUAUAUAAUAAAUGUAACGUAACACAGACAACUGAUGAAGGGAAGGAGCGGUGGAAAUCCAUGAAGAGAGCCCUGAAGAGGGCGAGAAUGAACAAAGGACUGAGACGGAGGAGAGGAGAGUGGCUGCCAUUUUGAGAGAUUUGUCAUUUUUUGUUUGUUUAUUUCCUGUUUUUUUAAGAGGGUGGAGGGGCAGCGGGUAAGGUGUGGUAAAGAGCUGAUGGAGGAGAUCCAUAUGUCAUUGUCAGGUGCCAACUCAGAACUGUACAUACACUCUAGAACUAAGCCUAGGUUGGGGGAGUUAAAAGUGACAAGAACACGCCAUGUAAAGGCUGCUGUGAAUACUCUGUAUGUGCUUCUCGUGAAAUAUUUUGUGGACAACAACAACAAACAGAAAUCUGAAAAUUUGAAAGGGCAUUGUAUGUUAAGGCGGGUAAAUUGAGCUUCUGUGAGGAUAUGAGGGUGGGGGGGACUUAUGGGCUUCUUUCGAUGAUUCUAAUAUCAGAAAUCGACAAAAAGCGCAGCUCAGGAUAAGUAAUAACUACAUCAUGCUUCAAACAGCAAGCGAGUGAAAAAGGUUUGGCUGAGUCAGUUUAAUGUGUGCUUCGCACGUCGGGCAAGAACAAACAAGAGUUCAAGCAAAUCACCCUUUACACCAGGAGGUGCAGGGAAUAAUGUUGUUCAAGGCCAGUUCCUGUCAGGUCUGGAUUGAGAGAAUGCCAAGGGUUUGAAGAGGUCUACUCUCAUACUCAUUGUGAACGGAUCGAAUGUUUCCCUGGUUGUCUGUGAAACAUUUGCUUCAUUGUUAAAAAGGGACGACAAAUCUUGUUCAGUAUUUCGGAUCUAUCAAGCCUUGGCUGUACAUUGCUAUAAUGAUGGCGUUUUGUUACUUGGUUGUUUGAGGCAUUUAGGAUAGCAUCUUGAUCUGUUGCUCUCUGUUGCGGUAUUAGGGUCUUCUUUUUCUUCCCAUAUGCUAGAGAGAGCACACAGAGAAACAGGAACGCAUCUGAUUGUCCAGGCGAGGGUUUGAUUGUUCUUCUUUUAUUUCUAAUUCUAGCCAUUUUUAAAUAUUAGCAUUGGAUGGAAGCAAUGCUUACAUGUAAGCCAAAAGCAGUAUUUGCCUCACAUGGACGAAUGUAGUGAAAGGCUCAAUCAAAGGCUAUUUCAUGUCAAUGUUAGUAACAAGUUCUUAAGAACAAUUGGAAAGACACACAACAUUGAAAACGACUUGCAGGAGGCUAAAAAGAUUUCGGCAAGACCUCUGUGGUGGGGUCCUUGAAUUGAUUAUUCUUAUUAGCUGUGUCGUAACGAAGGGUUAACCAUUACACCAAUAAGAAAACAGCUUGUCCAAUGUCAUAGCUAGAAGAUGAUACCUUGGAGGGAGUUUGACGUGACCCAACAUGGUUACUUGCAUCGGGGCAAAGCGAUGUGUUAGCCAUGGAGGUAGCCAUCUUUUACUGUUUCAAGGUUAACCCAGAGGUAGCUUAGCAUACGGUAUUGAGUGUUUUUUUUAACAUCGCAUAUGUUUCUCUGUAUUCUGUAAUGUCUCCAGCUUGAGCUAGUGUACAGUCAAACACAUUUGACAGGGAUGGAUAACCAAUCAGUGGCUGUCGUGAGAGGCUCAUUGCCAACAGCGCACACUACCAGGCGCGAGGAUUGUUACUUGAAAUCCGAUUUAAAUACAGUAUAUAAAGAUAUUAUUUUUCUCACGUUGUUAUUUUAUGACUAAACUUUAACAGAAACACAAAACGACAAGAUGUAUACUUAUCUAAAAGGACUGGAGCUUUUUUGGUGUGGACGUGGACGUUUUGUAGGUUACUAUCUACUGUUUUCUUCUCUUUUCUUCUCGAACAAAGCACUGCUUAUUUCCAUCCUGUGUUUGUGUAUGUGUGUGUGUGUGUGUGUGUGUGUGUGUGUGUGAGUGUGAGUGUGUGUGAGCAUACCUUUUUUCCCCUCUCUAUUCCAAUCUUUCCUCCCAUACUUCUCUUUAUGGGAGGCGGCAGAGCUUGGGGCUAUUCUCGGCAAGCAGGCUUUUGAGUUCCUGACACAGCAAUGCCCGUUAUGUCACAACCGCUGCCUCUGCCCGGCCCCGUCUCCGUCUCCGUCCCCGCAGUGAACUGGGGCAGACAGUCCUUUAAGCCCAGCGCCGCUACACAGCACAGGGCACGUCAGCUCAGCAUGAACCUCCUCAAAAACUGGAGCUUGGCAAACUGUAGCUGCCGGAAUGUACCGCUCAUGUGUGGGGUUGUUUGCGGGGGGGGGGGGGGGGUUGAUUCCUCUGUCCUCCGCUGUUGCUUUUCUUUUGUUACUAAAUGGGCGCUGUACCUGUAUGAGUUAACAGUGUUCAUUUGAGAUCCACCGCCCUCUGUCCCCUUCUAAACCAUUGAAUGUUGGCUUGAGUAUGAUUAUUAUGAGUAUUCAAGUAUGUGCUUCAUUAGUAGUAUACUACAAAUCCACUGAGGUGUUUACUUUGUUUUUGGCAAAAAUGCCAAAAAGGCUCUUUUGAAAAUGGACGUCUCGAGGUGGCGCCGUAGUCUGUUACUCAUACCCGUGUUAUUGCGUGUUAUUUAAAGGCAUUUAUUUUCCAUUUUUUGUCAGUAUUUUGAGGAUUUUGACGAGUCACUGAUUAUUUAUUGUCCUGUGCACUUUUCUUUUCAGAUCAUGCAAUGUUGAAGACCAGCCUUUUUCUAAUUUGAAAACAAUGUGUUACAAAGAGUUAUGGAAUGUUUCUCAAAUUCUGUGUGUUUUUUGAUAAUUAUUUCUGGAGUUGUUUUGCUAUAUAUGCACACUGAAGUCAGUAAAUGUGUUAAGUGUCAUUCACAACCAAAGCCGCCACCUACUCCCCCCCCCCCCCCCCUCCUGCAUAAUCCUUCACUUUAGUUUCAAACUGAAUCUUGAGCAUACACAGUAGAUAACUAACAUCAUGAUAUUUUUGGUAAGAUUCUCUAAUAAGGUUGACUAAAUAAAAGCUAUGCAACUCCUCUUGGGCAACUUCCUGGUACUGUAAGCAGUACUGCUGAUAUGGUCAUACUUGUGAUCAAAACUGCAUUACGCAAUGAAAUUAUUAACACGAUACUCGUGAAGUUCCCAAGAUAAUGUUACGUAGGGCUUUCUCAACCGUUGCAUAGUUCUUAUUUAGUCACUCCGAAUAAAAAAAAAAGUUUGUGUAUUAUUAUUAAAUAUAUGACACACAGUGCUUUUAGUUUGGCCAAAUUACUUUUCUUUUCAUAUCACAUUGAUUGUACAUAGGAAACUAGAAACAAUGCUCGUGGUGGUGGUGUGAGCAGAACACCAGAGUGUGAUAUGUGUAAAUGUCCUUACCAACAACAUGCUGAAAUAAAUGACAGUAUGUAACUUAAACAAAACAUAAAAAAUGAAAAAAAAAACACCAAUAAAUAUUGACACAGUUAGUUUGAA